AAAUCGACCAGAUGCAUUCCCAAUGUCUGCUCCUGGUACUGCUCUAUGUAGCCGUAAGCGAAGCCAGCGAUAUUACAAAUAUUGUGUUUGGUAAUGUUAAGGAAGGUGUUGUGGCAGCUUUUGGUGACUUUAAUUCCGAUGAACUUACUGACAUAUUCGUCAUUCAAGAUGACAGAAAAAUGCUACAGAUAUUAUAUGGAGCUGAUACGGAACCACUACUACGCUUGGGCCCCUUCUGCUACUUUAAUGACAAAAGGAUUGUAAGCGUUACACCUGGAGACUUUGAUGGUGAUGCUUUGAUGGAUGUGAUGGUUAAUGUGGAGAGAAGCAAAGAUAUCUAUGACGUCUAUAUCAAUUGGGGCAACACCACGAUGUUGAAUUGUUCACGAGAGCCCAUCAUCCAAACAAGAGGCGAGGCAAUGACUCUCGAUUUCAAUCACGAUAUGAUCAUUGAUCUAUAUGGAUUAGAUCCAAAUGAUACCCGCAGUUUCUGGAUAUUUAACAACAAGCGUGAGCCACCAACAGUCACACACCAGGCAAUGCCCACUGGCGGCACAGCUCAAACACUGAUAAUCCCGAACGCGAACGCCUAUUUGGACCUAAAUGGAGAUUAUUUGGCCGAUCUGUUUCUACAAACGAAGACCUCGUACGAGAUCUGGUAUGGCAUCAAUGAGAAAAAUGGCCAGGAGAAUUUUAGCUAUCAGCAUUCCAUCACCUACGAACUGGUGGGCACCAACGAUUACGUUGUUGGCCAAGCAGUUUUCAUGGACUUCGAACUGCGUGGCGUGCAAAAUAUUGUCGUUCCCUUUUGUGUGCAAGAGAAUUGCAAAAACUCAACAAUAUUUGUGCACGAUGGACACAUGUUCUACGAUGUCCAUGUGAACUUUAAGGAUCCACAUGGCGUAACCUGGGCAUUUGUGCCACCAGAUCCCAAUGAUGUGUAUUUGAAGACUAUUACUGCACGCAGUGGUGACUUCAAUCUUGAUGGCUAUCCAGAUUUGCUUGUCACGCUGCAACCCUUGAGUGUGGCAAAACCGGUGAUGCAAACGUUCCUCCUAGAGAACAUCGCCUGCAAAACGUGCAGCAAGAAAUUCAAGCGCACUUUCGAAGUACACUGGUCUGCGUUGACACCCAUGGGCAAUAAUACAGUGGCUGGUGCAUUCUACGACUUCUAUCAGGAUGGCGUUCUUGACGUUAUACUCAUGGAAAAGCAGCAGAAUGGCAAUUAUCGUCCACUUGCGUUCCGCAACACCCUCGACUACGAUGCCAACUUUGUCAAGGUGAUCGUGCUGACUGGGCUGGUGAAUCCGCUGAAUCCCACAUUGCGCACACCGUUAGGUCGAAAGAAACGCACGUAUGGCAGCAAUUUACCUGGCCCGAUCAUAACUUACAACACAACCACACAAGAUGGCGAUCAGCAGAGUGGCAGCAGUGUCCAACUACCUCAAUCAUCCUAUUUUGCACUUCAAUUGCCUUACACCUGCUUUGGUUUGGGUCGCACGCCCAACUUCGUGGAUCAGUUGGUGGUGGGUCUGUACGGUAAGUGGCACAGCUGGACGCAGCUCAUACCCAAUUCGCAGAUCAUAGUGGUACCCAAGCCGCUGGACCAGCCACAGCAUUGGAAGGCGUUGCUCUUCGUCACGCCUAGCAAGCUAAUCCUGACAAGCGUCGUCGCAUUAGGUGGCACUUGUCUCGUGAUUGUGCUCAUCAUAUUGGUUCUGUAUGUUAAGGAAAAGCGCGAAGACAGGCAGGAACGUUUGCAAGAGUCACAUAGAUUCCACUUCGAUGCGAUGUAAAAAGCAGUGACAAUAUAUCAAUGUUAGUAAUGCUGUGUGAACCAAUUGCAGUUGCUUUAU